AUGGCAUCGCCGCGCCGCGACGUGCGCGAGGCGCUGCGGGCGUCGCUGGGCUGGGACUUCUCCUUCGCGUCCUCGGAGCCCGCGGCCGCGCGCUGCCUCGUGGCGCACCCGAAGGACGGCGCGCGCCUGGCCGAGUGGCUCGUACGCGAGCUGCCGCCGCUGACGCACUGCAACUACCACGAGGAGAGCGGCCGAUCGGGGGACCUGGAGACGCUUUUGGAGCAGGAACUAGGGUUUGGCGCUGACGGAGUUGCCAAGAUCACUCGAAGUUUGUUCGACGUGCAGGCGACGCCGCGUAACGCCCACUUGCCGGCGUUAAGGGGGGUGUUAACCACCUCCACGACAAAUGAAUCGACCACUUCAACUUCAACAUGCACUUUUGCCGUGUUCGAGUACGACGCGCAGUCGCUGCAGGACGUGCUCAAGUACAACCGCACAGUGCUGGAAGGAAUCCCUCAGCAGCAGGACUCCCUCGGAGACCUCAAGAAGCGGCUGGUGCUGUUCCAGUUGCGCCGCGUGCUCGAGUUCCUGCACGAGCGCGGCUUGGCCUGCGACGGCUUCUCUCCGCGCGAUCUUCACUUAACCGAUACGCUGUGGCUGCACCUGUCUGCGUUGCCGCGCCGGUGGUGCACUGGGGACAUCAGCAACUUUGAGUACUUGAUGACGCUUAACGCUGCUGCUGGACGUCGCAUGGAGGACGGCGUGUUCCACCCGUUCCUACCCUGGGUCACGGACUUCACGGCAGGUCCGCGCGGAGGCUGGCGCGACCUGAGCAAGAGCAAGUUUCGACUGAACAAGGGCGACGCGCAGCUGGAUCGCACGUUCGCGAGCAGCGCGGUGCCGCACCAUAUCACGGAGAGUCUGUCGGAGAUCACGUACUACAUUUACUUGGCGAGGCGCACGCCGAUGGCGCUGUUGCGUCGCGUGGUUCGUGGGGAUUUCCAGGCGCGCGAGUACCCGGCCACCAUGGCGCGGAUGUUCGAGUGGACGCCGGACGAGUGCAUCCCGGAGUUUUACACGGACCCAGCAGUGUUCAAGUCGCUGCAUGGUAGCGAUAUGGAGGACUUGCAGUUCCCGUUGUGGGAGGAUGUGGAAGGUGAAGCGGAUCAAGACGCUGCUUCGGUGUUUGUGCGAUGCCACCGCGCGAUGCUGGAGAGUGAUGAAGUGUCGGCGCAGCUGCACAAGUGGAUCGACCUGAACUUUGGCGCCGCGCUGAGUGGUGACGCCGCCAUCCGAGAGAAAAAUGUUCCGCUUGUGGUGCACGCUGCCGGUAAGAGUCCUGGGUUUGUGCAGCUUUUCUCGGUUGCGCACCCCAAGCGGGUUUAUCGUCACAAACAGCAGCAACAGGAGCCCGAGCCGACCAAACGGCCUGCAGCGUAUUCGGUUGGGGCAGAGUCGGAUGUUCCACGCGCUGCGUUGCGACCGCAGGGCACCACGAAGGAAGUAAACGCCAUGCUCUCGAGAGCGACGCAGAUCGUGGCCGACGCGCAGAAGGAUGGAUUAUCCUUGUCUCCCUUAACCUUGGGAGGAGGCGGCGUUCUGGGCGGAAUGGCUGCACUAGGGGCUGCAGCGAGAGGAGGCGCAGAUCUGGAGGUGUCGCGCUUCGGUCUCCUGCAUAGCCAAACCACGCGAAGCCAAGUCAUCAUGCGCAACCUGAAGCAGCGUCGACGUGGGGCCAAGCCUCGAGCACGGUCGCACGCAAACGUGGGCGGGGCUGAUCCACUCGUGUCACCUCCAGCGUUCCUGUCCGCAGGUGCGCGUGAAGCUGUGUCGCCUCCGGCGCCGUCCUCUGGAUCUGGAUCGAGUGGACUGGGUGCGUCAAGGCUGGGGAACCUCUUCCAUUCGGACUCCUCCAACCCAAGCAACAACAGCAACAACAACAGCAUUACUGGUGGUGCCACGCCCUCAAACGGAGCCUUCCCUAUCGCUCCAGAAGUGUCGCCAAGUCCACCAAACUCGAUGGGACCGCACGGCACCAACAAUCGAAGCUUCACGGGGAGUGGGGGACCCCCAGACCUCCGUGUUCUCACCAUCACAACGCCUCAGAACGGAAAUGGUAAUGUCAACGGUGGGCUUGGUGGAUCAGCUGGAGAGCGAGGAGAAGGCGUCCCAACGUCGCAUCAUACGCGCCACGCGUCCCUGGGAGGUGGCAGCCCAAAUACCGGGUCGCAUUUGCUGCGGGACUUGUGGCAACAAUUGCGUCAGCCUGAAGAUGACAGCUCGACUGGAAAUAAUGGUGUGGGUAGUGGGCACGGCCAUGGGCAUCGUCGGAGCCAUAGCGCAGGUCACGAUCUCAUGUUAACUCUGGCUGGAGCCCCCGGCGACAUGCAACUGUCAGAGCUGGACGCUGUCAAUGAGGCUGCUCCCGGCGUUGACCCCUGCGGCCCACUCGAUGACGUCGACCUGAAGCUGCUCCAGCUUGGACUGCGAAUUGUUCUCCCGGAGGCUGAAAAGGAGCACACAGUGGAGCCUGAAGCCCAUGCACCGACUGUACCUGGUGUGGAGGUGUCAAGGCUCAAUGAUCAACACGCGUUUGCGGAUGAGGUGGUGGAUCCAAUAUACCGCAUCCUGGAGGAGUUCCUGGAGUCUACAGGCACGGCCCAAGAGCUCACGCCAUUUGAGCUGGCACAAGCUGCUGAUAUCUUUUCAAUGGGCUGUAUUGCCGCCGAGCUGUACACGCACACGCCAGAAGGAGAUGGCUGGAUUUCGAGUAUUCUGGCUGCUCAAUGCAAGUCAAAACUUGCGCAGCAGCAACUUCAUUGGAAUCACGCGGUGGCAGAGCGACUCACAGGAUUGCCGCUCAAUUUGAAGCAGGGUGUGCUGGACAUGCUGCAUCCAGACCCGCGUGAGCGCCUGCUUCUCGCCUGCAGGAUUGAGGGAUUGGAGCCUGCUGCAGUUCUGGGCAACUCGCUGCUCUCUUUAAAGAGUGAGGCGUGCGUGCCCUCGACCAGGCCCUUGGACGCGUUCCACGCGGCUCCCUCGGCACUGUUCCCGAAAGACCUGGGAGUCGUGUACAAGUUCUUGACGAAGCUUCACACCGCUCCAGAGCGUAAUUGGCAUGCCAGGUUUACUGCAGCAAGGCAACUACUAUCGUCGUUAUCUGGAUUAUCGGAGCUAUUGUUCCGCGUCGCGAUGCCUGAGCUGUUGAGGUUCUUCCGCGCAAGUUCACACACGGAGACGAUCCGCGCCGAGCGUGUGACAGCGGCCGUCGUCUUCUUGCUACCCGAGAUGGCGCGACAGCUUGGGCGUGAACGGGCUCGUAUUGAGUUGCUGCCUGACGUCGUGCGUGUCUACGAAAGCAGUGAGCUGGGACGCUCGCUACUCUUGAGAUGCUGUUUGGGGGCACCAAGCGUGCUGCUUUCCCUUCUCCGCGCGUUUGGGGCGACUGCAGUUCUCGACAGCUUCGCUCCUGUGAUUUUGGAGUGGUUGGUGCCUCCAACGACCGACUCCGACGCGGAAUUAAGAUCGUCGCUAACGCCGUUGUCUGUGCGCUCACCACCGCUGCCUCCGUUUGCUGGCGAGUCUGCGGGGCUCACUGCCGUGACCUUCGGUGAGUUGGCAUGCUCGGCGAUGCUGGGCCCAUCGCUCACGGCUAAGUACUUGCUGCCACCGCUACUGAACCAGCUUGGGCGCGUUAAGAGUCGCUGGACACACCUCGCAGAUUCCAAGACACUGCGGCGCACUGACAAGAAGGUCAGCUUGGCUCCUGUCAUCAUCGAGGACAGCGAUCUUCUUGGAACUUCCGAGUUUCAUCUUACCUUCUUGUCCAAGGCCAAGUUGUACGAGUCGCAUCACGUGGCAGACGCUAUUCUGCAAGUGUGCCGUGAGUUGGGCGAGUUCCCCGUGGCCAACAUGCUACUCCCGCGAUUGUUUGACGUGCUCCCGCGGCUUAUUUCUCUAUCCGAGAAGAUCGGGUCGGUCCGCAUUGAAGGCGUUCCGGAGGAACUAGGACGUGAGAUCUACGUGCUGCUUCGCAUUUUAAGGCAUGUGGUACGAACGCUGAACGAUACAGCCUCUCUGCAAGACCUGCUAUCUCGCCGCGCGCGGAGCAGCCUGAUGGAGUUGCUAGCCCAGGCAGCGCCACCUUUCCUUCACCCUCGCAUGGCAACUGCGAAAAAGGUGCUGCGGAGCCUGAACUUCAUGAAGGAUGCAGAUCACCGCAACUUACGCGCAUUUACGGUGGUUGGGCUCUCGCGUACGAUCUUAGCAGUGUGCCAGAAGCUCGGAGCAGAAGCCACAGUGGCGGAUGCCACGGUCGUGAACGGCAUCAACCGGUUCCUGAAGCGUUGCAGCGACGUGUACGCCGAGCUAGAGGUGUCCAACUUCCAGUGGGACCUCGCCAGUGAGCUGGUGAGCGAGCUGUGUGUGCCGCUACGUACGCUGCUAGGGAAGGAGCUGUUCAACCGUUACUUUCCCAUCGUUGCAGGAAGUUCGGUCCUCCAGCUCUUGCUGCUUCCGCUGAGCAGUAGCGCCGGCGUCGAUCCCAACCGAGGUGGCGGAUUCGACAGCCAAGCGGUGAGGAGCGACAAGCGGAACCUCAGCUCUCUGGACAACCGACUGGCUCAGUCACAGAUCCACCUGCGUAAACGGACGCCACUGAUCCAGGAAGCAGAAAGUUCAGGUGGACAGGACGACGAUGAUGAUGACCCAGAUGACGAAAAUGACGAGACUGAUAACGCAUCGGUGACUUCGACGACAGAGCCCGAAGAUCCCGCGACGUAUCCGCCCGAGCUGUUGCGCUUCGCCUACCACGCGGUUCGUCUGCACUCCGUUCGUGCCACAAGCUUCCUCCGCGUACCAUCGACGCUGCUCAUUGGUUCUGGUAAGAAGGCGGCGCAGUGGGAGGCUGCGCUCAGCAAGGAGCUGUUGAUCUUGCAAGAAACUCGCCGUCAGCGCAAGGUCGUAAGCGCCGCGGUUGCCCCCGAGCGCGCUGGAGCCGACGCUAUUUGGCUUCGAUCGCGCAUUCGCCAACCUUUCGAGCCUCGACGGGACGAAGGUGCGGCUGGAUACGAAGGUGGAGGAGGCGGUGGUGGCAUGCUGGGAAGUUCUUGGGCUCUUAGCGCCGAAAUCCGGCAGUCCAUCAAGGCCCACUCCAGCUCUGUGCGCUGCGUGAGUGUGGACGCGAAUGAGGAGCUGCUCUUGACUGGAAGCCGCCACGGUUCGUGUCGAGUGUGGCGGCUAGCAGGUCACCCGGUUCAAGCGCGGGCUGCAGCGCCGACCGGGGCGUCCGACAACCGCCCGAUCCUGGCCGUGGCUCGUACAGGUCGAGCUGGAGCGCGAAUGAAGACUGGUGCACUUGGAGCAGGAGACGCGGGCGGACUGGCAGUGGCAGCCUCGGCUUCAGGCGUGAUGCUCUGGGAUCUGCGGACGAGUCAAGCGCGGAUGCGUCUACCGUUCUCCGCGACGAACGAGCCUGUCGUGUCGAUGGCUACGGGGACUUACGCUGUGGAUGUGGCCGUGGCGACUGGGAGACGUGUUGUCUGUGUGGAUGCUCGUACUGGUCCGCGCGUUGUAGCCGAGUGGCACGCAGAUGCUGCAGGGAUCGGCUCGAGUUCAUCUGCGGCCGGGGUGAGCUUGGCAGCAGUGGCUUCGUUCGUGGAUGGCACAGGGUAUCUCGCAGUGGGGACUGCAAGCGGUCGCGUGAUACUGCUGGACGCUCGAACUGGUCGGCAGGCAGCUCGCUGGCAAGCGCUGGAGCCCGGCGCGCGCGUCGUCCAUCUGGUGCAGAUCUCUUCGACGCAGUUGCUGGUGGUGGGCGCCGACAAGGAGGCGCGCGUGUGGCGCGUGAUGCUGCGCAGUCACGGCCACCCGCAGCUCCGGAUGACCAUCACGGGUGUACCAGAAGGCAUCUGCGCGUCGCAGAUCUCGGUCCACUCGGCCACGGACAAGACCGUGUUCUACGUCGCCAACGGCGCUCGCAUCCACUGCGUGCAGCUCCCAACGGAGCCGCGCGCCGUCGUGUCGGUGCAGCCCGCCGUCACUGCGCGGAUGGAGUCGUGGCAGCUCACGGAGCCUGGAGGACCCAGCAAGAACAACAAGAGCCGCGUCGUCUCGCACAGCAUCGCGGUGCUGCCUCUGCGCCAACUUGUGCUACUCGGCACGGAGGACGGUUGCUUGAAGUGCGUCGUGUAG